AUGGGAAAGACAACAAAGGAUGAACUGUUUGAGAACGGUGUCGGCCCAGUUAUAUCGCCAGGGGCUGCCAUAGCUGCUGCACAUCAAGCAAGCAACCGACUGUCGGCUAAAUUAAUUAUGCCCAUGAUCUCCACAGGCUGGCAAGAACUCGAGACAGGCACCGUGCUGGACAGGACUGAUCGUCAAAAGGAUACGCAUGGCAAAAAUGCAACUCCACUCGUACGGAACGGUCCCACACGAUCAAAGCCCAAGAGACCCCCUCGACAUCGCUAA